AGAUUUUCAUUAAAUUUUAUGCUAGUCAAAUAUUUAUAAAAAAUAUAAAGAUAUAUAACGAAAAUGUCGAAACUAUUUAUUAUCUAUACGUUUUGUAUUUUUGUUGCGUAUGCAGAAGACAAAAAGGUUCCAAAACCAGUCGCACCUUCGUUAGAAAAAAGAGGCGAUAUACAGCCUCGCAUGCUUGCUCCAGGAUAUUACUCUCAAGAAUGUAACGCCCACAAAGCUUGCCCUGAGAAAAAAUAUUGCCAUUUGUUUCUAUGUGUUCAUUGCUUAAAAGAGAACGUAGCCUGCACACAGAAUGGCCAAUGCUGUGAAGGACAGUGUACUUAUGGAAGAUGUAAAGCUGGUGUUUCUGAAGGACAACCAGGAACAUUUUGUGAUAGACACGAGGAUUGUGCUGGAGAAGGAAAAGCGGCUUGCUGUGUAAGAGAACCAGCCAUAAACCCUCAUAUAUCUAUAUGCAAGCCACCAUUGGCUGAAAACAUGGUUUGCGGACCAAUAAACUUUUUCAGAAAUGUUUACGUUGGAGCUCAAGUACAAAAAGCAUGCGGACCUUGCAAACAAGCGCUUAUAUGCAAGCAAGUUGGUCUUUUUGGAAUUCACGAAAUAUGUAUGAAGGAAGAUGAUAAAAAGAAAUAGACACAAAGUAAAAUCCAAACAUGAAUCACUAGGUACUGAUUACAAAUUCCACACCAAGCAAGCAAACACAAACAAUAAUGUAAAUAAAUGCACUGACAAAUAAUAGGAAGCAAAUAAAAUGUUUUAUACCCAGUUUAUUCAACCAAUAUGUUCUAUUAACGAAAUUGGUUUUCUCAAUAGAAUAAGUAUUUUUGGCGUUAUGUUUUUUAAAUAAAUUUAUAUAUAAAAA